AUGUGUGAAUUUGGGCUAUCCGGAAUAAAGAAAGGGCUAUGCGUCGAUCUUCAUGAAUCGUGCAUCCCUUUUGUCACGGUCCACCGGAAACAUGCCCUACUUCAAUCGCCGGUGAAGGAUACUUACAUUACUGAAUUUCCUGUGAAUUGCUGGUGUUUCAAUGGCAUCUGCUCCGAUUCCCUCAGGGUUAAUGGAAAGUUACAAGAACAUGAUGUUGAGUCAGCCAUUGCCAUUAUUGCUGAUGGAGGUGUUACCUUAGCAGUUGACACUCAACACUUAAGACUCAAUCUUCGUGUGGGUUCCCUUUAUCAGUUCAUUGGAGAACUUUCCAUUCAACCAAAUAAUGAGGGGAUAUUAAAAGCAAGAGUUGGUAGAAAUGUAGAUGGAAUGGACCUUAAUCUGUAUCAACAAUCUCUGAAGCUGUUAAGACAAUUUCAAUCUGAUCAAAUCAGUCAUUUGGGACUUAACCAUGGUUAACUUAGUAAUUAUUUUUAUUAUAUUAAUGGAAUCAAUGUUUGAACUUUUUUAUUCUGAAAAGUAGUGGAUCACUCAUGAUAUCAUAUACUCAUAUGGUCAUCUUGUGUAUUUGUUAUAUGGAUUUGGGUAAAACAUGUUGAAUCAUAUUUUGAAUCUUGGGUUAAAUGCAAGAAAUAGCAAUGUGUUUUCAUUGAUUUAUUUCAUUAAAUUUUAUUAAAUUAAGUACUAAAUAACAGUUCUCAAAUUAUUUAUUUUUAAAUGAAUUU